CACCAUGGCUUCCAACUUCAACGACAUAGUCAAGCAGGGAUACGUGAGGAUACGGAGUAAGAAACUGGGGAUCUUCCGGAGGUGUUGGCUGGUGUUCAAGAAGGCCUCCAGUAAAGGACCCAGACGGUUAGAGAAGUACCCAGAUGAGAAGGCAGCUUACUUCAGGAGCUUCCACAAGAUCACUGAGCUCCAUAACAUCAAGAACGUUACCCGGAUGCCACGGGAGACAAAAAAGCAUGCUGUGGCGAUCAUCUUCUGUGACGACACGUCGAAGACAUUUGCCUGUGAAUCAGAGCUGGAUGCAGAGGAAUGGUGUAAGCUGCUGUGCGUGGAGUGCCUGGGCAGCCGUCUCAACGACAUCAGCCUGGGAGAGCCAGACCUGUUAGCAGCAGGAGUGCAGCGGGAGCAGAACGAACGCUUCAACGUGUACCUGAUGCCCACCCCCAACCUGGACAUCUACGGGGAGUGCACCAUGCAGAUCACCCAUGAAAACAUCUACCUGUGGGACAUUCACAACGCUCGCCUCAAACUCGUCAUGUGGCCUCUCAGCUCCCUACGCAGAUACGGUCGUGACUCCACCUGGUUCACUUUCGAGUCCGGGAGGAUGUGUGACACAGGAGAGGGUUUGUUCACGUUCCAGACGCGGGAGGGGGAGAUGAUCUACCAGCGGGUCCACUCGGCCACGCUGGCCAUUGCCCAGCAGCACGAGAGGAUGAUGGAGGAGAUGGAGAAGAGCUCGCAGAUCCACUCCAGAGAGACGUUAACCAAGUCCAUCUCCCUGCCACGCAGCGCCUACUGGCAGCACAUCACGCGUCAGACCAGCGUGGGGGAUCUCUACAGUUACCAAGGAAGCGGCCUGACGAUGACGUUCAUCCCUCGAGCACAGACGUUCCCCAGCUUUCUGUCUGACGAGCACGAACAGGAGGAGAGCCAGCACCAGGAAGAGGCGCCGUCGCCCUCUAGUGGCUGCGAGUCGAGUUGCAGCCUGAGACCCCUCCAAUGACAGAGAAUUGCUCGAGCAACACUGGACACUUUACCCCCCACUGUAGAGACGAUGUAGAAAUAUGUAUAGUGACGUGUAAUAUAUCAUUUCCUGGUGAUACUUACAAACAAUAGUGUCAACUGUAGAGCGAGCGGUACAUGAAAAAAGGAAGGUCGUAUCCUUCCUCGCGUCGUCGUGUGACAGCAGAAGUAGCUUCAAAGAUUGCACCAAAAAUCCUUUAAGUGUAGUUUUCAAGCAUUUUAUAUUGCCAUCAUCCUGUUAGAGCCAGCAUGAUGCCCCCAUUUAUUGUUGUUUUUUUUCAAAUCACUGCACUUACAAGACGUUAACAAGGUUCACUGUAAAACAAUGUUUUAAAAAAAAAGGGCUUUUUUUUGUUCUGAAACUGAUGAAACCACAUCGGGCUCGUUACAGCGAUGUGCAGCCUCAGCAACCAAUUCGCGAGAAAUUCCAGCAGUUUUGACACAUAAUAGUACUCCCACACUGACUGCACUCAGCUUUCUCUUAAGAAUGUGAAAUUGAUCAAUGCCUUACACAAAAACAGCUUGAUGCUGAUGGCAGUGAUGAAUCAGCUCAAAGCCCUUAAUCGGUUACUACCAGCAAAAAGGAAAAAGUCAUUCAGAAACGGGCCUAAAGGAUGUAGGAGUGGACUGUCACGUCAGAAAUGAUAAAAUGCAACCUUCUCACAGCCUCUGCUUUAAACUGCCAACCUUACCUUUCACUGGAGCAAUUUGAUUUUAAUAGCUUCCCAGCUCCUCUUCAGCCUCAAACUGUAUAUCUGAUAACUGGUUCAUUAGCUAAAGGUGGAAAGAGAGCGAUCUAAUGGGGUGAGUUAUGUAAAGCAGAGGUACAUUUGGCAUUAGCGGCUCUUCGAUGCACACUGUGGCAAUAAAACAUCAUGGUAAUGUUAUUUUUUUCUGCUGGUUCAUCAAGUUCGUACAAAAUUUAACAUUCUAGGAAUAUUAGAAUCAAGGUGUUUUAUUGAGAAAAUGUGUGCUCAGUGAAAUCAUUACAGCAAUAGUUAUUUGCUAGCGUUGUUAACGUUAGAUUAGAGGA